AUGAGUGGUGGUUCAAAUCAGAGAACUUUGUUCCAGACUUGGGGUGCCUGCACUUCCCAGAACAAACCAGUUCAACCAGUAAGAGGAGGUAAAAGGGCCGCUGAAGCUCGCGGGACUGCUUCAAGCAGCAACAGAACUCUAGCUCCAACACAUCCUCCUAGAAUUUCUCCAUGGGCAGUAAUCGGUCAGGAAUCCUUACAUGCAUCAGAGAAACAAGCGAGGUCAGAGGCGGACAUACUUGCUGAUGAAGAAGACGAUGAUGACUUGAUGGUAGUAGCUGUCUAUGAAGCUGAGAAAAACCUUCAGCUUGAAAAUCCCAGCUGUUUUCAAGAUCAUUCAGCAUCUACAAACCCAGCUCUUUCUCCCACCCCAUCACGUGGGCGGAUAUAUCCAGACUUUCCAGGCUUUGAUAGCUCCUCAGCUAAUGUUUGGAUCUAUCCCACCAACUACCCCAUCAGAGAGUACCAGCUGAAGAUGUCAGAGGUUGCCUUGUUUCAGAACACACUUGUGUGUCUUCCUACUGGUCUGGGGAAAACUUUCAUAGCCUCUGUGGUUAUGUACAACUUUUACCGCUGGUAUCCAUCAGGAAAGAUUGUGUUCAUGGCUCCCACAAAACCUCUAGUGGCCCAGCAGAUUGAGGCCUGUUAUAAAGUGAUGGGGAUCCCUCAGGUACACAUGGCUGAGCUGACAGGCAGCACAGCAGCAAAGCAGAGACAAGAGUUGUGGAUGUCCAAGCGGGUCUUCUUCCUCACCCCUCAGGUCCUGGUGAACGAUCUGUCCAGAGACACGUGUCCAGCCAAGCAGGUGAAGUGCGUGGUGAUCGAUGAAGCUCAUAAGGCGUUGGGCAACCACGCCUACUGCCAGGUGAUCAGACUUCUCAGCAGCCAGACCCUGCAGUUCCGUAUCCUGGCUCUUAGUGCUACUCCCGGAGGAGAUGCAAAGUCCGUGCAGUCCGUGAUCUCCAAUUUGCUCAUUUCUCACGUUGAGCUGCGUUCAGAGGAGAGUGCAGACAUUCAGGCUCACUCCCACCAGCGAACUGUGGAGAAAGCGGUGGUUCCUCCGGGUGAGACCCUCUCAGCGUACCAGGCGCGCUACCUGCAGGUACUGGAGAAGUUUAUGUCUCGUCUUGUUCAGAACCAGGUGAUGGCCCACAAGGACUUGCGGACUCUCAGCAAAUACCAGCUCAUUCUGACCAGGGAUCAGUUCCGCAGGAACCCGCCUCCGCACAUCAAGGGUCCUAAGCAGGGAGUGCUGGAGGGCGACUUUGCCCUCUGCAUCAGCCUGUACCACGGCUACGAGCUGCUGAUGCAGACAGGCCUCAGAUCGCUUUUCUUUUACGUCCAGGGAAUCAUGGACGGAUCCAGAGAGAUGUCCAGAGCCAAGAAUGAGCUCCAGAGGACGCCCAUAUUUCUGGACAUGUACCAUGAGAUGGAAGCAAUGUUUGUGAAGCCAGCUGCUGGUCCAGAUGAGCCGUUCGUUUAUAGUCACCCCAAACUAGAGAAACUGGAGGAGGUGGUGCUGCAGCACUUUAAAGUGUGGGCCGAGCGCUCGGCAAGCACAAACGGCUCGGAGGGAGUAAGCACGCGUGUGAUGAUCUUUUCGUCUUUUCGCGAGAGCGUCCAGGAGAUCGCAGCCAUGUUAAACCGCCACGCUCCGCUGAUCAGAGUCAUGACGUUCAUGGGCCAGGCUUCGUCUGGAAAGGGGGUCAAAGGCUUCACCCAAAAGGAACAACUGGAGGUGGUGCACAGGUUUCGACAGGGCGGUUUCAACACGCUGGUGUCAACCUGUGUGGGGGAAGAGGGGCUGGAUAUUGGAGAGGUAGACCUCAUCGUCUGUUUUGAUGUUCAGAAGAAUCCCAUCCGCCUCGUGCAGAGGAUGGGACGGACUGGUCGCAAGCGGCAGGGCCGCAUUGUGGUCAUCCUCGCUGAGGGACGGGAGGAGAGGACCUAUAAUCAGAGCCAGAGCAACAAGCGCAGUGUAUACAAGUCCAUUACUGGCAACAAAAGUGGGUUUCACAUGUUCCCCAAUAGUCCCCGCAUGCUGCCUGAGGGGGUGAACCCCAAACUUCACAAGAUGUUCAUCACCUGUGGCCAGUUUGACCCCAAAGAGAACAGUAGGAGGUCUGUCAGGGGUCGGAGAUCCCACACAGAGGGAAGGACAUCACUCAUCCAUCCUCAAAACCUGUUUCAACAAGGCAACCCAACAUCUGAUGGCUUUCUGAGCAGCGCAGAAUAUUCUCUGUGGGCAUCCACCAUGAAGCUGGAUGAACAGGAAACUCAUCCAACCCUGAGGCCAUCCCGCUUCCUGUCUAUACCCAGUGACCCUGAGCAUCAGGAAGAUGUUUCCAAAGUCAGACCAUCGUCCAGAGAACUGUCUUUGUGGGAAUGGAGACACUGGCAGCACAAAGCCCUUCCUUUCAAUGUUGUGGAUCAUUCCCGUCGCUGCAACCACUUCAUCGAGGUGAUGGAGCUCAUAGAUGGCAUGAGAGAAGAAACUGAGGGAGAAUGUCGUUACGAACAGGAGCUUCUUCCUUACCUUCGUAAAGAAGAGGCUGAGAAGAACAGACAAAAGAAACUGAAAGCCACAAAGCUCUGCACUAAAACCACUAACAGAAAACCCAAACCAUCUUCCACGUCCUGGUCGGAACUGGAAUGUAUUGAUAAGAAAAUGGAGAGGGAACAUGUGAAGGUAGCAGAGCUGGUUUCCUCACUGGCUAUACCAAAACAAAGACUUCCUGUUGAGAAGGACCCUGAGGUCUGUUGUGUUGAGGAUUACUUAGAACCCAGAGACUCUGCCAUCACUAACGUCACCAAAGCAGAUCAUACACUCACAGAACUUGCAAAUCUGAACGAUAUUUCACACGUGAACGAUAAAAAUGAGGAUUUGGAGCUUCAGGCGAUGUUCUACCUUCCUAAAUGGAACUCAGGACCAGAGUUCCUCUCCGACAAACCAAGAAAAGAUUUGAAUCUGGAGACCAUCCUCACCAACGUGGCUGAACUUCUGUCUCGAUCGCCACCUUUGCUGGCUGACAUUUUCGAAGAGCACAAAGCGGUGCCGUUGGUUCCACCGUCUCCUCAACCGCCUCAUCAACCGCCUCAUCAACCAUUCCAUGUCAGUUUUAGUCUGGAUGUAGACGACGAUGACGAGGUCGUUGCUGACGAGGUCGUUGCUGACGAUGUGCCCCUCGGUGCAGAUUUAGAUGAACCUUCUGGAAGUAAAGAUGAGCUCCUUGUCCACAGUCCCACCUGGGAUGAGGUUUUUGAGGCUGAAGACGUCAUUCAUGACGCCAACACGGAAUUCGAACGGCAAAGUGACUCUAAGGAGGAACAUGUAACCCAAAGUCAAAAUGACGGUAUGGUCAAAAAGAGCGAUGACUGGGAUGACACGAGGGGUGAGUUAACGUCACGCAUGAUGGAUAGUGGUGUGAAGGACAAGGCAGCCAUUACUGGACACUUCCUGUUGGAUGAGAGCAUGGAUCUGUUUGAGGACGAUGAAGCCUUCCUGCAAAUGACAAUUCCCGACAUUCCCACUCCUGAAGAGGACGUCACACCCAGUACGUCCCUCAACACUGAGAACACCACUGCACCUUUAUAUACCUCACCAAAACCAUCCCAGCUCCCUGAUGGCACACACAGAACACACACUUUAAGUACAAGCCUUAAAACAAAACGCACACAAAGUGAACGUGUCACAGAUGAUCCUAAGAAAGUUGCUCCUCGGUUAAAUUCUUCAAUCCAGGGAAACCCAGAGGCAAAAGACGGCUCCCACGUGUUCCCUGUUAAUUUUGACCUGGGUUAUUCACUGGAGGACUCCGAGGACGAGGCAGUGGAGGAUGUUUUACCUUUGUCUUCAUCACCUACGAAGCAGAAUCCUUCUGCUGUGUGUCUGCCACCUGUUUCUAAAUCUACUCCUAGUAGCAGCUUCACCAGACAGUUCAACCAGCCCAAGGUUUCCUCUUCACAUAUGCCAACAGAGUGUAGGACGUCUAAACGUGAGGCGCUCCCAUCUCCGAUCACUCCAGCAGGAGCCAGGAGGAAACUCGUGCCUGGUUUUGCCGGGCUGGCGUCCUUUAGCUUAAAACAGUCAGAAGGCAGCGUCACUACGAGUAGAGCAGAAGACGACCCUCGACAGGAAUCUGUUCAUGGGAUCAACUCACCUCAUCCAGCGGAGCACUGCAGUGAUAGUGAAGAAGAAAUUCUGUUUCGCAACAGGAGGCAUCACAACAAGGUCAACCCGUUGGCGUCCCCGGAAUUGAUGGCGAGUGACGUGGACUCCCCAGUGGUUGUGAAAAAGAAACGUGCUUUUGCACGCAACACGUUGGAUGAGACUCAGGACGAAGCUGUCUCUGAUGAUGAUUUCCGGAAUGACUCCAUGUUCACGUGCAGAACUUCAGUUCCAGGAGUUAAAAGGAAAGAAAUGCAACAAGUUAGAGACAAGAACAUAAAACGUCACAAAGUGCGUCAGUUCCUGGAUGAGGAGGCAGAACUGUCAGAAGAUGAGGAGGGGGCUGAUGUUUCAUCUGAUGAAGAAGACGACAAAGACCUGGAUCGGUCUCUUGAGGGCUUCGUAGUGGACAACGCCCACCUCUCCCAGGAACUGAAUGACUCAGAGAUGCAUGGGGUUUACUUGAAGUCGGUGAGAAGCCCUGCAGUUCAGGGCAAAUUCAAAAUGUCCUACAGAAACCAGCACAACAUGGACAUUUUUUCUCAGGUGCCAGAGAUGGAUGAGACAUAUACAGAGGACAGCUUUGUGGUUGGCAGCGAUGAAGAAGAGCUAGUCAGCAACGAGGAAGAGGCCGAGGAUGUAGAGCUCAUGCCCGAGGCCUCGUUUGUGGACGGAAGGAGGCAGUACGCAACCAGACGGCGAGUUUUUCUGCACAAAGCCCGAGCUAGAGCUGGGUCUGAGACCAGAGCUGAUUCUCUGUCCGAGCAGAGAGCUGCAGCCAAAACCAAACGCUCCCGAGUCAUACGCAUUAACGAUUCCAGUGAGGAGGAGGAAGAUGAGGGGAGUAAAAAGAUGAAUAUCAGCACUGGAGGCAACAAGAGGCAACAAGAGCCCACUGAAGAGAAAUCUACGUCCUCAUUUUCCACCUUAGCUUCCAGAGUGUCAUUGUUGAGUAAAGCACAAAGAAGCUCAACGAGUGAAGAGCUGAAAUAUGAGAGGUGUCAACAGAAGUUAGAGAACCAGCACCUUCUGUCGGAUGAGCUUGACUUUGUCGAGUCAGAGUCUUCCUCAAAGAAAGAACUCCAGGAGCUCCCCACUACCUCUUCAGUACGAGACGUAUCGGUGAAAGAGUCGCCCUGUCCGCCCGGGUCUGCCUGCAUUCUGGUGGACAGCCGCUGCAUCAGCAGCGGCGUGGAGCUGAUGGCUAGCCUGCGUCAGCGACACGCCGCAACCGUCCACGUCUGCUCCCUGGACAGCAGCUACUUCAUCGUCAGCAACCGCAUGGCUGUGGAGAGGCGCAGCCGGUCGGACUUAGCCACGGUUCAGAACCGCAAGCGACUGGUCGUAAGAAUGAGCAGCCUGCUCGGCUUGUUCGAACGCGUCUGUUUGAUAGUGGAGAAAGAUCGAACCAAACCAGGUGAGCCCUCACGUCCAUUUCUGCACACACGUUACUACGACGGCACGCUAGCGGCGCUGGUGCGCGCAGGGAUCCGCUUGCUGUGGAGCGACGGUGCAGAGGAGAGCGCCGGCCUGCUGACCGAACUGGCGACGCUGGAGCACCGUAAAGGUCAGGGUGUCUCGGUGCCGCUGGAGGUCAAAGGGCAGCACCGGCAGCAGGCCCUGCAGCUGUACCUGAGCCUGCCUUCGCUCAGCUACGUCCACGCUCUCAACCUGAGCCACAACUUCACGUCCAUCGCCCAGCUAAUGAACAGCUCGAUUGAGGCCGUACAGAAAGGAGGCUGCAUGAGUCGACCCAGAGCUGAGGAGGUCUACCGCUUCCUGCGCUACUUCUGCGACUCGGUCCUCAUAAAUACAUCCAAAGCAGGAACAACCACCUAG